UCCCAACGCCGCUGCAAGCUCGAAAUCGCUGUAGUGAGAAGCUAGAGCACCGACACCGUUUACAUUGCCAGUGCCAGCGAGUUUGAAGAUACCUGAACAAAAUAAGGAAUUUAGAGAGCAACAUUUGUCAAUCAGACAUUGAUUUGCAUAUCCACUCCCACCUCUUCCUCAUUUGCAUACAGCAAGAAUGGCGAGCGGGCACCCCACUGACAAAUACAGUUUCAUGUACCAACCAGACACGCACAAGAGUAAGAACAGAUUAUCCAGCAGCAUGAAUCCCGUCUACAGUCCUGUUCAGCCUGGAGCUCCGUACGGUAACCCCAAGAACAUGGCCUACACAGGCUACCCAGGAGGUUACCCUACUGCUGCUCCCACCUACACCCCUAACCUCUACCAAACGGGUAGUCCAGGGUACCCACCAGGAUACACCACAGCGGGUACUCCGUAUAAAGUGCCCCCCACCCAGACGAACGGAGCCCCUCCGCCCUACUCCCCCUCCCCCAACCCCUACCAAACAGCCAUGUACCCCAUCAGAAGUGCCUACCCCCAGCAGAACAUGCAGAGCAUGCAGAACCUGCAGAGCAUGCAGAACCUGCAGAACUUAUAUGCACAGGCAGCAGCGUAUUAUGGCCAGCCAGUGUAUGCGGCCCAGCCCUAUGCGUAUUACACCCAGCCUGUGUAUGCUGCUCAGCCUCAGCCUCAUGUAAUCCACCACACCACAGUGGUUCAGCCAAACAGCAUGCCCUCAGCCCUCUACCCCGCCCCGGUCCAAGCCCCUAGAAACAACGGAAUGGCUGCCAUGGGGAUGGUUGCCGGGACCACCAUGGCUAUGAGUGCAGGAACCCUGUUGACCACGCCUCAGCACGCUCAGCUGGGUGCUCACCAACAUGUCACCAUGCCACAGUACCGGUCCCAGGGCACACCUGGUUACAGCUAUGUCCCGCCCCACUGGUAGACCCCGCCCCCCGAGAGAUCUGGAGUCCAACGUAUGCAACUACUCCAGUCUUACACGGGCUUCUUAUGGUCACCAUGGCAACCUCACAUCUGUCUGCAACAACAAAACUAAAGAGCAACGGACACUUGCUGCAUUCUGUAGUGUUUUAUAAAAGCUUAUUUUUUUAUUUUUUUUACACAACGAUUCUUUUCUUCUUCUUUGAUUUGCCGAUAUGUCAAUUUGUUACGUUGUUUUCUUUCUUUUGUUUGUUUUAUUUAUUUCAUUUUUUUUUUACUUUUUUUUUUUACAUCAUUUCAAUUUUUCCAUUGUCAUUGGAACUCCAGAGUGAUUGACCAAUCAUGGGUGUCUGUUGCUCUGCUUGUGGUCCGUGUUCUGUUGGUGGGUCCAGAUCCAAUGGUGGGAAUGUACUGGACACUUCCACCACCACCUUCAUCAUCACGCCAUCAUCAUCAUCAAUUUAUGCUGCCAAAUUUUCUAACGAUUAGAUGUCAGCACAGAGUUGUGAUUUGAUUGAUUUCUGUUUGUUUUAACCCUUUAAUUUUCCACAAAGCACUGUCUUGGAACAGUAUACCUCUUUUCUCUUUGUUCACAAUCUCUGUUCCACUUCUCCUUCUGAUCUUCAGUUCAUCUUCCACUUCUGAUAACAAGGGUUGUCUUCCAGCUGCUAGCUGUUUCUUAGAUAGAUCUGUAACGUCUAGAUCCGCUGUCUGACUAGAUCUGUAACGUCUAGAUCUGUAAAGUCUAGAUCCACUGUCUGACUAGAUCCUCUAUCUGACUAGAUCUGUAACGUCUAGAUCCGCUGUCUGACUAGAUCUGUAACGUCUAGAUCCACUGUCUGACUAGAUCCUCUAUCUGACUAGAUCUGUAACGUCUAGAUCCACUGUCUGACUAGAUCCGCUAUCUGACUAGAUCUGUAACGUCUAGAUCCGCUGUCUGACUAGAUCUGUAACGUCUAGAUCCACUGUCUGACUAGAUCUGUAACGUCUAGAUCUGUAAAGUCUAGAUCCACUGUCUGACUAGAUCCGCUAUCUGACUAGAUCUGUAACGUCUAGAUCUACUGUCUGACUAGAUCCGCUAUCUGACUAGAUCUGUAACGUCUAGAUCCACUGUCUGACUAGAUCCACUAUCUGACUAGAUCUGUAACGUCUAGAUCUACUGUCUGACUAGAUCCGCUAUCUGACUAGAUCUGUAACGUCUAGAUCCGCUGUCUGACUAGAUCUGUAACGUCUAGAUCUGUAAAGUCUAGAUCCACUGUCUGACUAGAUCUGUAACGUCUAGAUCUGUAAAGUCUAGAUCCGCUAUCUGACUAGAUCUGUAACGUCUAGAUCCGCUAUCUGACUAGAUCUGUAACGUCUAGGUCCGCUAUCUGACUAGAUCUGCAACGUCUAGAUCCGCUAUCUGACUAGAUCUGCAACGUCUAGGUCCGCUGUCUGACUAGAUCUGCAACGUCUAGGUCCGCUAUCUGACUAGAUCUGCAACGUCUAGAUCCGCUAUCUGACUAGAUCUGUAACGACUAGAUCUGCUGUGUGGCUGUAAAGACGUGGUAUGCAGCAUCACAAGGUCACAGUACUUACCAGUUACUGAAUUCAUCUCAUUAUAGAGGCCAUUUGUCAUUUAGCGUAAACUGAUCAAUUAUAAAAUGUUAAUAUAUUUAUAUAGCUGUGUGUACAGGAUGUGUUCAUGCACACAGUCACCCACAUACAUACAUACAUACAUACAUACAUACAUACAUGCAAAGUCAUACUUAAAGCAGGAUCACUUAAUAUAAUCAAAUAAUCAUACAUGGAUUCAAACGUGUUCCAACACACUUAAACACACACAUAUACAUACGCUCUCUCUCUCACACACACACACACUCUCACACACACACACACACACACACAGUACAUUAGACCACCACUCGGACUGUUUGCUUAUUGAGGAACAUGUUUAGGAGUUAAAGGGAUAUGGAAGCACUUGGCAGGGUGACGUGGCAGAGGAGGGUCAGGAGGGGAGUGGAGGGUCAGGAGGGGAGUGGAGGGUCAGGAGGGGAGUGGAGGGUCAGGAGGGGAGUGGAGGGUCAGGAGGGGAGUGGAGGGUCAGGAGGGGAGUGGAG